AUGAGGCUUUCUAUUCUGACCACAGGAUUCAUGCUCCUGGUGCGCGCACUGGGCGAUGGCGAACGAGGUGCAGCAGAACGCACAUUGAUCUUUGCGACAUAUGUCAUGGAGGAGAUUUACGAUUCAGACGACUACGACUCCAAAGUUGCCAGCGGAUGCCAGGGCUCUAGAACAGGGCUCCGUGGGCAGACAGGCCGGUGCACGCUCAAGGAGCUGUGCGAACAUCUGUGGAUGCAGUCCGAUUGGGAGGUAACCCAGCUGGGAGAGGACGGCAAGCCAAUGAAGGACGACGAAGGCAAGACCAUCACCGUCCCCCAAAGCGACAGCAGACCCGAUCCCAGUCAGACCGGGUGGAACGUGAACGCGGAGAAGGGCAACCUGCUCGACAAGCUCGAGCCGAAAAAGAUGAUCCAGGCCAUCCUGGCAGUCACAGACAAGACCACCAAGAAGAAACUAGACAAGAAGGGCUACUAUGGGAACCUGAACGUGGGCAAUGCGAUCGAGGGCGCGACCGACUACUACGAGACGAUGGCCGACUUCGGCCGCAAUACCUGGGACUUCCGGCAGGAGGCUCUGAAGGUCGAAUCCGAGCUAACUCCUGCCGUCCAGAACCGGUUCAAAAAGUGGUAUGAUCACGCAGAUAUUGCUGCAAAGGUGGUGGUGGACUUGAGGAUGAAGGACAAGUACAAGAUGGAAGAGCUUGCCAUCAAGGACGGACUGAAGAGACUCUUCGAUCCCAACACCGAGGACGGGAGGCAGAAGCGGAAUGCAGUGCGCCUGGUCAAAACGGACGCAGGUCAGCUCAUUACGAACAAACCCAAAGAGCUCUUAGGAGUGGACAAGCUCCAGAUGGUGGACGUGGGUGCGACGGCCCAGGCACUGGCAGGACCGCUGGAGAUGAGCGAGCAGGAGCUGGAAGACAAAAUGAAACAGAUCAAGCAGGCAGGCAUGGCCUCGGAGGUUGGCAUCACCCAUCAGGCGGCCAUUGACGCGGCCCAGCGCAGCCAGAAGCUGGUGGCGGGGGGCACAUGCGGUUAG